AUGCUCCCCCAAUCACCCAGAUCCGCAUGCCCCCCAAUCACCCAGAUCCGCAUGCCCCCCAAUCACCCAGAUCCAUGUCCCCCCCAGAUCCGCAUGCCGCCCCCAAUCACCCAGAUCCGCAUGCCCCCAAUCACCCAGAUCCAUGCCCCCAAUCACCCAGAUCCGCAUGCCGCCCAAUCACCCAGAUCCCCAUGCCCCCCCCAAUCACCCAGAUCCGCAUGCCCCCAAUCACCCAGAUCCGCAUGUCCCCCCAAUCACCCAGAUCCGCCCCCCAGAUCCGCAUGCCCCCCCAAUCACCCAGAUCCGCAUGCCCCCCAAUCACCCAGAUCCACAUGCCCCCCAAUCACCCAGAUCCGCAUGCCCCCAAUCACCCAGAUCCGCAUGCCCCCAAUCACCCAGAUCCGCAUGCCCCCCCCAAUCACCCAGAUCCGCAUGCCCCCCCCAAUCACCCAGAUCCGCAUGCCGCCCCCAAUCACCCAGAUCCGCAUGCCCCCCAAUCACCCAGAUCCGCAUGCUCCCCCAAUCACCCAGAUCCGCAUGCCCCCAAUCACCCAGAUCCGCAUGCCCCCCAAUCACCCAGAUCCGCAUAUCCGCAUGCCCCCCACAAUCACCCAGAUCAUGCCCCCCCCAAUCACCCAGAUCACAUGCCCCCAAUCACCCAGAUCAUGCCCCCAAAUCACCCAGAUCCGCAUGCCCCCAAUCACCCAGAUCCGCAUGCCCCCCCAAAUCACCCAGAUCCGCAUGCCCCCCCCAAAUCCGCGCAUGCCCCCAAUCACCCAGAUCCGCAUGCCCCCAAUCACCCAGAUCCGCAUGCCCCCAAUCACCCAGAUCCGGCAUGCCCCCAAAUCCGCAUGCCCCCCAAUCACCCAGAUCCGCAUGCCCCCCCCCAAUCACCCAGAUCCGCAUGCCCCCCAGAUCCGCAUGCCCCCAAUCACCCAGAUCCGCAUGCCCCCCCAGAUCCGCAUGCCCCCACAAUCACCCAGAUCCGCAUGCCCCCAAUCACCCAGAUCCGCAUGCCCCCAAUCACCCAGAUCCCAUGCCCCCAAAUCACCCAGAUCCGCAUGCCCCCAAUCACCCAGAUCCGCAUGCCCCCCAAAUCACCCAGAUCCGCAUGCCCCCAAAUCCAUGCCCCCAAUCACCCAGAUCCGCAUGCCCCCAAUCACCCAGAUCCGCAUGCCCCCCCCAAUCACCCAGAUCCGCAUGCCCCCCAAAUCCGCAUGCCCCCCAAUCACCCAGAUCCGAUGCCCCGCUCCCCCAAUCACCCAGAUCCGCAUGCCCCCAAUCACCCAGAUCCGCAUGCCCCCCAAUCACCCAGAUCCAUUGCCCCCAAUCACCCAGAUCCGCAUGCCCCCAAUCACCCAGAUCCGCAUGCCCCCAUCACCCAGAUCAUGCCCCCCAUCACCCAGAUCCGCAUGCCCCCAGAUCCGCAUGCCCCCCAGAUCCGCAUGCCCCCAAUCACCCAGAUCCAUGCCCCCCAAUCACCCAGAUCCAUGCCCCCCCAAUCACCCAGAUCCGCAUGCCCCCCCAAUCACCAGAUCCGCAAGCCCCGCUCCCCCAAUCACCCAGAUCCGUAUGCCCCCCCCAAUCACCCAGAUCCAUAAAGCCCCCAAUCACCCAGAUCCAUGCCCCCAAUCACCCAGAUCCAUGCCCCCCAAUCACCCAGAUCCGCAUGCCCCCAAUCACCCAGAUCCGCAUGCCCCCCCAAUCACCCAGAUCCGUAUGCCCCCCCCAAUCACCCAGAUCCGCAUGCCCGCUCCCCCAAUCACCCAGAUCCGCAAGCCCCCAAUCACCCAGAUCCGCAUGCCCCCCAAUCACCCAGAUCCGCAUGCCCCCCCAAUCACCCAGAUCCGCAUGCCCCCCCAAUCACCAGAUCCGCAUGCCCCCAAUCACCCAGAUCCGCAUGCCCCCAAUCACCCAGAUCCGCAUGCCCCCCAAUCACCCAGAUCCGCAUGCCCCCCACCCAGAUCCGCAUGCCCAAAUCCGCAUGCCCCCAAUCACCCAGAUCCGCAUGCCCCCCCCAAUCCGCAUGCCCCCAAUCACCCAGAUCCGCAUGCCCCCCCCCAAUCACCCAGAUCCAUGCCCCCCCCAAUCACCCAGAUCCGCAUGCCCCCCCAAUCACCCAGAUCCGCAUGCCCCCCAAUCACCCAGAUCCGCAUGCCCCCAAUCACCCAGAUCCGCAUGCCCCCAAUCACCCAGAUCCGCAUGCCCCCCAAUCACCCAGAUCCGCAUGCCCCCAAUCACCCAGAUCCGCAUGCCCCCCCCAAUCACCCAGAUCCGCAUGCCCCCAAUCACCCAGAUCCGCAUGCCCCCCCCAAUCACCCAGAUCCGCAUGCCCCCCCAAUCACCCAGAUCCGCAUGCCCCCCCCAAUCACCCAGAUCCGCAUGCCCCCCCAAUCACCCAGAUCCGCAUGCCCCCAAUCACCCAGAUCCGCAUGCCCCCCAAUCACCCAGAUCCGCAUGCCCCCCCCCAAUCACCCAGAUCCGCAUGCCCCCAAUCACCCAGAUCCGCAUGCCCCCCCCCAAUCACCCAGAUCCGCAUGCCCCCCAAUCACCCAGAUCCGCAUGCCCCCAAUCACCCAGAUCCGCAUGCCCCCAAUCACCCAGAUCCGCAUGCCCCCCCCAAUCACCCAGAUCCGCAUGCCCCCCCACCCAAUCACCCAGAUCCGCAUGCCCCCAAUCACCCAGAUCCGCAUGCCCCCCAUCACCCAGAUCCGCAUGCCCUGA